GUCACUCUUUGCUUACUUCCACUGCCGCAGCCCUAUGUAGAAGGUAACUAGACCUGGAUCGUGGCUACGUUACGAUGGGGAAGAGCGAUGGCUCAUAUAAAUAAGAGCGGUGCCUCCUGAUCUUCUCUUAUGACGUGAUGAGAUCUUGUCGCUACCCGAAAGUCGUAGAUACAGAGUAAUCGUUGGCCCACGAUGUUUCGCCGCAUAGUUUCCGUCCUUGCCGCGUCAGGCUCUUUAGUGCGGGCUUCCACCAGUACCAAUUACUCCUUCAAGACCGAAGGUGCAUGUUCGACCGUGUCGGGGAGUGGAGGUUCCGUUCCCCUUUCCCUUCCUAGAUCUACCACGACGAGCACCGUAUCAUCAAUCAUCACGAACUCGGAGGUGACGGUCCCGUCGACCGUCACGGUCACGGCCGAUCCUGUCACGACGACGGUACUUACGUCAACCACCUGGGUAUUGACCGACUCUACGAAGACUCUUCCUCCGACCACCUCCUGGUCCGUGUCUCAGAUCAUCGUCGCCACCGCAACUGUACCAGAGACAGUGUGUACCAACGACGUGACUCCCUCGACCGUGACCGAGUACAGUGGUAGCUACACGCCCAUCUCCGGCCAAGUCACCACGAUCCCGACUUCUUAUCCCUCGCAGGUGGUCUGCGCCACCGGAGUGACGUGGUUUACCAUCCUCCAACCCACGGCAACGUCUGGCGUGACCACUCAGACGACCACGCCGACAAGCACGGUACAAGCUAUCACGACGACUGUCACAUCGACGUAUUUCUUUAAUAAUACAGUCUACGCGUCGACGAUCACGAGCACCACCACCUCAUACACUCCAGCCGCCAGCGCCACUACCAUCAGCACGGCAUGCGAGGCUACGACUACGACUACGUUCGCGGCCAAGUGCGCGCCGACGAACGUGAUAUCGGGCGUCGAUGACCACGGGCUAGUAUCUGGAAAAUAUGCGGCGAACAGCUCCGUAAUCUACAUCCAGGACGAUAAGUUCAACGACCCGAGCACCUGCUGCCAGCUAUGCCAGGACAACAAAGGAUGCGCCGGCAUGAUGGCGGGAAUAUCGGGCUUUUGCGGUCUGUUAUACGUUGCCGAUCCGGCAGGAGGCCCUUCAUGCGAUUUCAUCUUCUCGUACCAGACUCAAUCUAAUGUCUUCCCGAUGCAGGGUCUCUGGGUGCAGUCGGGUUGUGGAGAAAUAGACUAUACCGGAAGUGACGGAGUGUAGAGUUCAAUUUUGUCGUCUUAGGGAACUUGGGGGGUAUAUCUUUUUAGCACGUCCGCAGUGAAGUUGGUUCCAAUAAUGAAAAUAAUGAUUGC